ACACACGCGGAAGUGCCUGAUCCGCAGCUGCAGCUAGCCGCGGCUAACAGCUACCAGCUAACACUUGCAGCUCCGAGCAGAGAGACGGAAACAGACAGACGGAGACAGACGGAGACAGACGGAGACAGGCGGACAGACAGACAGGUGUCUUUGUCUGUGGAUGGAAGUGCGGAGCUCCGCCAUGGGACCGGAGAGAGUCUUACCGAGCUCCGAGGACGAGCUGGGAGAAAACGAACGUACGGCCAAUGGAACGCUGCCGCUUCCGUCGCCGGGAGCCAUGUGGAGUGGGGGCCAGGGAGGGGGAGAGGAGGAGGAGGAGGAGGGAGAAGAGUUGGAGCUGAAUGGCGAGGGGGAGGAGGAGGGGGGUUAUUAUUAUCAACCUUUGAACCAGGAUCCUGAGAGCGUGCACGUCAUUGAGGACGCGGAGCCUUCAAACGCUGAGCAGCUGCAGCAGAGGAUCGAGGUGAUGGGCCUCCACCUUCCUGAAGCUCCGCCCCUUGACAGUGAUGAGGAGGACGACCCAGAGGGGGCGGCGUCUCUGAGGAGCCGAGCCUCCAUCCCCAUGGACGCAGACCACGUGGAGCUGGUGAAGAGGACAAUGGCAGCGGUGGCCCUGCCGUCACUCGGCGUGCCGGCGUGGGCCCAGGAAAUCUCCGACGACCAGUGGAUGGACAUGGUCCACCACACGCUGCAGAGCCGGCACACCGCCGGCACAGCCGGCACCCUGCGCCUCAGCCACCAUCGGGACAUCAGCGGGCCCUGAACGCACCACAACCAUUUCAGGGACACUGAAGUAACAGCAUGAACGUCACAAUAAACUUUAUUGAUGUCAGACUCCGUGACGAACAUGGGGGUGGGGGAGGGGUUACACUACUCAAAUUUUAUUAUUAAGCAACUGAUCAAUUGAUUGGUUGAAUAGAAUUCUUCGUAUGAAAUCAGCUGAGAAUCGAACUCAUCAGUUAAUUGAUCAGAGAUGAGGACCAAUAACGUAAAUGUAUUGAACAGGAAGUUUCCACUGUCAUGUUUUCAGAAUAAAUGUUAUUUACUGAACUGAUAAAUGAAAUCAAUGACUUUAUAGAUUUCAAACUCACAAGGUCAAAGCCCCUGAUAUAACACUGAGCGAAUCAUGUCUGAUAAAUAUCAGUUGAUCAAACCUCAUUGCGUUUCUGACAUUUUAUUUUGAAAAUGACUGCAGGUUUCAGACAGGAAAUGCUCUGAGGUCACAGGUUGUCCUGACAACUAACAUUCCAGGUUUUUUUCUUUGUUCUGGAAAAAGUAUUAAAUUUUCUUGUUGAUAAAUGAAAUUAUUGAUUAAAUGUGUGAUUUUUAGGGUGAAGUGUCAUAUUCCCACAUUUAUUAAAAUACCUAAUGUGUA